ACCAGUCCUCAGAAGGAGCUGGGCUCUGACACCGUAGAGCUUGUCAGUGAACGGUGGCGGAUUUGUGUGAGGACAACCAGGAUUGCAGAUCCCAGCGUUUUCUAACUCAACUGGAUUUUACUGAUUUCUUUUUUUUAAUUUUUUUGGCAAUUUUGGGCUGGACCGCGGAGGCUGACUGAGCGAGACAUAGCCGAAGUUGGUAGCCGAGAUGAGCGCCUGGAGAGCGGGGAGCGGGGCUCUGUCUGCGGCGGGGAGACAGUCGCUGUGCUGGCGCUCGUACCGCUGCUGCCUCUGGUGGGUCUUGGUGCUCGGGGUGUCGGUGAGUUCGGGGGACCCGUGGCUGUACAUGGAGGCAUGCCCGUCCUCGUGCUCGUGCAGCAGCACCAGGAUCUCGUGCGUGGACCCGGAGCGAGGGAUAAGCGCUUUCCCGGUGCUGCAGAGCGAAGCGGAGAUGGAGAACAUCACCGACAUCUACAUCGCCAACCAGAGCAGCUUCUCCUCCAUCAGCGACAAAGACCUUCACUACUACAAGAAUCUCAGGAACCUAACGGUGACCAACAGCAGGCUUACGUAUGUGUCAAAGCUUGCCUUUGAGCAAAACCUCAAGCUUCAAUACUUGAAUCUGAAAGACAACAACCUGUCGUCUCUGUCCUGGACCAUCUUCAGAAACCUCAACAUCUCUUAUCUCAUCUUGGCGGGGAACCCUCUGCACUGCUCGUGUGAUAACCUGUGGAUGAAGCUGUGGUUAGGAGAGGAAGCGGACACUCAGGAUCUGCGCUGCAUUGAGGAGGGAGGAAGGCGAAAGCUGAUGUCCAGAUUGACUAUACCCAACUGUGAGCUUCCCAUGGCGACGCUGAGUCCUUCCAAGGUGACGGUGAUGGAGGGAGAGGAUGAGGUGCUGGCCUGUACCACCUAUGGGGUUCCCACACCGGAGCUCAUAUGGAACAUGGGUCCGACUGCUUUGGUCACCUACUAUGAGAUUGAGACGUCUGGUCAGAUCUCUGUGUUACGGCUGACUAACCUGUCAUCGAUGGACCACAACAGAAAGAUCAGCUGCAAAGCCGAGAACAUGGUCGGAGAAAAGGAGUCCUCCCUGUCGCUGGAUAUUCUCUUCCCUCCCAAAAUUACAAAGCUGAGUGAUGCGAUUCCUGACCACCAUUGGUGCAUACCCUUCAGUGUUGCAGGAAACCCAAAGCCGGACUUCAAGUGGUUCCGGGAUAAUGUGGAGGUCUUUGAAGGGCCUUACAUAAUGACCAAAAUCCAUGACACCACAGAGAGAGAGUACCACGGCUGUCUGGAGCUCAACAGUCCCACGCACCUCAACAAUGGCUUCUAUACACUACUGGUUGAAAAUAAAUACGGGUCGGACCGGAAGAAAGUGGAGGCCCACUUCAUGCACGGACCUGGGGACGAGAACGAACCAAUUUACUACGAUAUUACCACAGAGAACCCGCCUGUUGAACCACCAGAGGACAGAGUCGCUGUCUACGUGGUGGUCGGAAUCGCUGUGGUGGCAUUGACCGGUUUCCUCCUCAUGCUGGUUAUCCUGAAGUUUGGAGGAAACUCCAAGUUUGGCAUCAAAGGACCGUCCUCUGUGAUCAGCAACGACGAUGACUCAGCGUCUCCUCUUCAUCACGUCUCCAAUGGCAGCAACACUCCUUCCUCUUCGGAGAUCGGUCCGGACGCCGUCAUCAUUGGCAUGACCAAAAUCCCUGUGAUCGAGAACCCGCAGUACUUCCGAAGCACAAACAGUCUGCUCAAGACAGACACAUUCGUCCAGCACAUCAAGAGGCACAACAUCGUGCUGAAGAGAGAGUUGGGAGAAGGAGCUUUUGGGAAGGUCUUCCUAGCCGAGUGUUACAACCUUUCACCCGACCAGGAGAAGAUCCUUGUGGCUGUCAAGACACUUAAAGAGGCCAGCGAGAACGCCAGAAAGGACUUUCACCGUGAGGCUGAACUGCUGACCAACCUCCAGCACGAGCACAUCGUCACCUUCUACGGCGUGUGUGUGGAGAGCGACCCGCUCAUCAUGGUGUUCGAGUACAUGAAGCACGGAGACCUGAACAAGUUCCUCAGGGCUCACGGUCCGGACGCAGUCCUGAUGGCAGAGGGCCAGACCACAAGACCUGUUGAGCUCACUCAGUCCCAGAUGCUGCACAUCGCCCAGCAGAUCGCAUCUGGAAUGGUCUACCUGGCAUCCCAGCACUUUGUGCACCGUGACCUGGCGACCAGGAACUGCCUGGUGGGUGAGAACUUGUUGGUGAAGAUUGGAGACUUUGGCAUGUCAAGGGACGUCUACAGCACUGACUACUACAGGGUAGGUGUGGGAGGUCACACCAUGCUGCCAAUUCGUUGGAUGCCGCCUGAAAGCAUCAUGUACAGAAAGUUCACCACGGAGAGCGAUGUCUGGAGUCUGGGAGUCGUGCUGUGGGAGAUUUUCACUUACGGCAAACAGCCUUGGUACCAGCUCUCCAAUAAUGAGGUGAUCGAGUGUAUAACUCAGGGCCGGGUGCUGCAGCGCCCCAGGACCUGUCCCAAAGAAGUGUACGACCUGAUGCUGGGCUGCUGGCAGCGAGAGCCACACAUGAGACUAAACAUCAAAGAAAUCCACAGUCUGCUUCUUACGCUGGCCAAGGCCUCGCCUGUCUACCUGGAUAUAUUGGGCUGAGCGGAGGGGAAAGCGCUGGAUAUAUGUGUGUGUGGUGGGUGUGUGUGAGUGAGUUUGCAUGCGUGAGUGUGUGCGUGUGAAAGUGGAUGAACAGUUUGGGUGUGUGUGAGGCUACUGCUACACAGGAAGUGGAGCUAUUAUCGAACUUUUGAAGGCAAUCGUGAAAGUCCCCGAAAGCUCCUUCUCUGAUUCACCUAUCCAAAAUGAUGGGUGAUUUAGCAGUGGAGGAAAAAGCUUCUAUUGAGAUGCCUCGGAGCGACUGACUGAUUACUGGGAAUUUAAAUGUAGUGACUCAUCACGAGCGCUGUGCCUCCCCUCCUAGUGGACAAAGACAGUCAUUGCAUCAUCUAUACUUGUGGCCAAGAGAAACGAGGAGCUGUGUGAUUUCUGGAAGCGUCGAUCUUUUACAUGUAAAUACUUAUAUGGUUGAGGAGAUGGUUCUGCUCGAGAAGACACUGUGGUUCUGCAUCCUUUGUUUUUAAUCUAUUCUCUUGACUGUCAAAUGGAUUUGUACAUGAAUAUUCAUGUCAACAGCCAACAGAUUAGGGUCCAUAAAUGCCAACGAAUCCAUGGCAUGGGGGGAGUGAACAGUCUCUUGACUAUGCUGAAGAACUGAAGCGGUGCGGCAGAAUCCAAGGAUUGUUAGACUCCAUGAUUGCAAAGAGCAUUUUUAUGGUUACGACAAGUAGCUUACGAAAAUUCUGAAACAAUGAGGUGAAGCUAGUUGUUAGCUAGAAGAAAUGUUGGUUCCCAUUUUUAUUUUAAAAACAGCGAUACCAAAGUUGCAGCUAAAUGCUAGUAAACGUCAACCCUUCGCUUCAAGGCUAAUAGCUUGACAAAAGAACACCAUGCUCAGACAUGAAUGGUACCACAUGAGGAAACCAGCCGCUAAUACAGCUCACGUAGCUACAAUCUUAUCCUCAAAAGAAGCCGUCCAACUCCAACACGGUGUAAUUUGGUGAAUCAUUAAUACCCCCCCAAUUCUUUCAGCCACUCUGUAACAUGAUGCAUACUUUUCCCAGCACAGUGACAGAUGCUGCACUUGUGAUGUCAAGUGCUGCUGGUGUCGGAGGUCAAUUGAUUCAUUUGUCCGCAGCUGUCCGACAACUCCGGGGGAGUAGAUCAGUUUGGAUGAGCCGCGGGGACUAGAGGUUGCUAAGGGACGAUGGGUUUUGAGUGGUCAGAUCGCAGUCGGACGUGUGGGCGAUGGCACUGUAGAAGGUGUGGUUCAGUCGGUCAACCCAUAUUAAAUCACCGAGGCUUUCAGCGCUGGACAUCCUUGUAAACCACAUCUGUGCUCGACGCUCACAAGCGCAGCCGCUUUACCUUCUGCCGUCAUUCAACCAUCUCCACACACAAUGGAAGACACUCAAGAAGGGUCCGAGAAGGAAAUUGAAUUGUGCAUGUUUUAUUAUUUGAGCGGUGCAGUGCUUUAGUCAGGCCCCGGUCCUCUGUAAUGGUGUAAUGUAUAUUUCAUUACAGGCUAAUGGGCUCCAUUAGCACAGUCUCCUCACAGACAUUCAAGACUUAUUGUUUUAUGGCUGAGAAAGAAGAAUGGAUGGAUGAGGAGAAGGGCUGGAGUGAGGAGAAACCGUGAGACACAAGUGAGAGGAUAGAGGUACCAGGGCAUUGUGGGAGGAGAGCACUGGCACUGGGGCAAUGGGGUAGAACCAUGACGUGAAAGGAAAGAAGUUACAAACGGGUCAUGAGGAGAAAAAUGGAGGAGAACGAUAGAAUUGUGGGGGGGGGGGGCUGAAAGGGAGGUGUAAAUGUCCUCAGGGGAGAAAGUGAGAGUGAACAUCCAUCACCGCCGAGGCAGAUGUUCUCUGAGCUUCACACUCUCAUAACAUUCUGGAGAAGAAAUCAAAAACACCCUGUUUCCAAAAACAUUUAUUUACUGGCAGUUCACAAACAGCUUCGGUGGGAAAUAGACUCCGCUCUGAUUCUUUCUGUGAAAGUCCCGGCUCGAUACUUCCUCACAGUUAAUUAUUUUAGAACAUAAGAGGUCUGGCGGGCUUUAGAUUUACAAAAGGGAGGGCGGAAAUGUACUGAAGGAAUUGAGUCACUCGAGAAAAAAAAAGGUAAAAAAGUAAAUCGCUGGACUGUGGCUCCCAGAUCAGAACCUCUAAAUGCCAAGUCAAGGCUUCCAGCGGUGAACUGAAGACGCAUCAGUAGCCAGAAGCUUCAUUCGACUCUGAGGUACUCUGGAAUUUGAACACCGAAAUUUGAACACCGAAUACAGAAGCUGGUUCAGAAUACUAAGUGGGAAAAGGCUUCUCCUUUUCCAGUCAAUAUCCUUCCAACCCUGAGCAGUGGCCAUGACCUCGGGGGCCUGAAAACAGGAGCGUGCAUAUCCAUGGUUGAUAGGAGCAGACAUAUCUGUUCAGACGUCCAUUCUCCUCUCUGGCAGGGGAACAUCUCUGUAGUGCCACAGACACAGAUCAUGAACACCAAAUUCGACAUUUUCAUUUUGUAUCAAAGUGUUGGUUAUAUAAAACAUGGGUGGAUAUAAAACACCUCUGUCUAAGGGCAAAUUCAGUCUUUAUUGAACCUGACAAGUGUUUUUAGGUAGAUGCCAUGUUGAAUAAACAACCAACAUACGCACAUUAAUUUGAGAUCUUAAUAAAAAAGCAUUUUGGCUGACCAAAUCUACAGUUAGCUAUGGAGAGAUCAGGGUGAAUUCAUGUGUUCAUUGCAUGAUGCCUUCAUGUAAAUGUGUUUCCAUCGCUCAUAAAUCUGGUUCAUCACUGACAGUACAACUGUAUAUACAAGACGCAUGUCACCUGUUUUCAUUUUGCAACUUAACUGCCUAUAAGUCAUGAAGGUUCCUGUGACCGCCAUCGUGUUUCUGUAAAGGAUCGUCGAGAAUACUUAUUUAUUGAUUACAGCACUUGAUGGUAUUAAUGUUUUUGUGCACUUUUGAUUUAUAGUUAUUUAAUUUAUAAUUGAAAAAAAGCAUUUUGUACAUUUCUUUCUAUAUCCAGUUGCCUUUGCAGCUCCAAAAUGAAAUUGUUUUUUUGUGUGUGUGUGUGUGUGUGAAUUCUGGUUGUUUGUGUGUGUUUUUAAAGUGGGACUCUGGCCUGACCCGGUGUUUUGUACUGAGGUGUAGUGCUGGGGGGAAUGUACAGUGACCACAGCGUACUCAGUAUUCCUUCCUUCCUUUCCUUUAUUUGGAUCAGUAAGUUAUUUAACAAAAUGGUUAUGUAAAACAGACAUUUGAAUAUCGACCAUCCAUGAACGGACAUCUGCCAUCUGAAAAUACAUGCUCAAUCCCAAACUAGAAUCCAAUGUAACAAAAGAGUGACAGCAGAACAUGAACCACCCAGCACUACACUGCAAACACGAGGAAAAGAUGGCGAAGUCUAUAUUUACCUCCUGCAAAACUACUGUCACCUGUUUGCACGUGAUCGCUGGCCUACCAUGUAAUAUCUAUCUGUCCAGCGUAAAAACGUUUGCGUCAACUCUUACUAUAUAAUAACUGUGCAAUAACAGGGCAGGGUGUUUAUGUGUGUGUGUGUGAGCGUGCGCUGGUGAAAACUGUGAGACACAAACAAGUGCAAAUGAACGCCUCAGAUGUCAAAGAGCAUGUCAGCGCAGCAUCUCUGCCGGCCGUGCAGCGUGUGUGUGUGUGUCUGUGAGUCAACUCCACGCUGUUUUUUUGUUUCUUCCUUCUAUUUUCUAUUGUUAUGGACUAGUGGACGACGCUGUUGUUUUGACACGUACUGGAGAAAGUCUGUCAGUGAUGUGGACCGGUCAGCACAAAGGAGCUGCAGCUUUCUGUCAACCUUUUUAAUACAACUCCAGAGACGGACUGUCCGCAGCAAAGACAGCGGUCGAGCAGACGAUUAAAAAAACUGCGCUUCGGAAAAUGGAAGGACUGACAAUCACAGACUUCUAUCUCUCUCUUCAAGUGACCUACUGUAAAAUAGAUGAUUUAACCAAUGUUUCUUCUUCUAUGCUGCCUAUAAUGUACGUGAUAGUCUUAAGUCUAUAGAAGUGCUACUUUUCUUUUUUGUAAAUCCGAGACGAGAGAACAAAAAUACAUGUACAAAUGUGAAUAAGCUGCUGGAAGAAAUAUGCUAGACGGUGUCCACAUGUAGUAUUUUGUCCUGGAGGGCAGAGGAAGGUCCACCGGAGUGAGUCCUGCUAAUAUACAAAAUGACAUACAGCAGCCCUCGAGGGAAGUGGAGGGAUGUUUGCACAUGCGCCCGCCCCCCCUUCUAAGUGCGUGAGAUGGAUGUGGGAGUGAGUCAGGAGGGAUUCGUUGGCCGGACUCUUGCCAAAAUCCUAGUUCAGAUUCAAGGAGAGGAAUCAGGAAUUGAUUUGUUGUCACUGCUCACCAACUGAUGAUAAAUGAGUGAAACCCAGUCGUGAUGGACUGAGGUUGGUGUUAUGGCAGCUAAGAUUUAUGGAAUCAUAUUAUUUAUUACGUCAAAAUCAACCGGGUCGGAUCAGCAACUGUAGGUUUGCAGUUGUACCCCAAGUCAGGUGACUCUGAGGUCGUGUCACACGAUGAUGGAAAACAUUUACUCUCAGCUGGACAACACAAUGGACGACCAACAAACACCUAGAAUAGCACAGUCGUCAAGGUCGACAGGUAUAUUUCAUAAUUUCAGUCACUGAAACUGAGGGAUCUCAACAAGUUAGGUCCACCCUUCUGUUACAUCCGUAAAGCUGAAGACAAUUCACCAGUUUGGUGUAUAGAAAUUCAAAUGGAUCAAAGUCUCUUCUUAGCUUUCACUCCAGGAGGAUAGUAUUUUUGUAGUAGGUAUCACAGAAAUCCCUCCUCACUCACAUCCAUUUAACAGCAAUGCAAAGUAAUAUUCAACCUUCUAAAGCAUCUGAAUGAUGUUAUUCCACUAACAAGGCCUGCUCACUUAUUCUGGCAAGCAGGUAAAGAGAGGGGUGUUAGAUGUUUUCGUCUGUCUGAAUGAUGAAAGACUGGAAGAAGACGACUCCUCAGAUCUCUUUCAAAUGGACCCUCUUAUGUUGCUUCAAGCAGAAACACAAUAGUUACACCGUUUUUUUCUGUUGUUUUUCUUUCACUGUCAUUUGGAGGUGCUUUAGGAGACUUUGCUGUGCUGGCGUACAGACAGUAAACAGGCUCGCGGGACGGUGUACAGUCAACGUUUGCCUCACUAUGGAAAUGACGAUGAUUUCUCUCAGAAUGUGGCCGAGCCUGUCGUGAUACAAUGUAAUUAAUAAAACGUGUCAUGUCACAUCAGGGCUCCGCCAACGAGACAGAGGUUGUUUUGUGAAUGACUGAAUGUGUGAGAGGUGAUGAGGGAUUGUACAUGAAAAAAAAGAAUGGAGAGGCAGACAAUAUUGAUGUGUUUGGUGUUGACGCUCAGCUUCCUCAUUCACUUCCUGGGAAUACAUACUUAUAUUCAAUAGAUGGGACAGAGACUAAAUAAAUAAAGUCUAUUUGUGUAUGUAUUUAUUAUUAAUAAAAAUUAAUUAUUAUAUUUAAAUAUUUGGCACCAGAAUUAUCAAAUUAGAGUUGUAUCUGUAGACAUAAACUUCAGGAUGGAAGUGCUCCAGUGAGUGUUUUGAAACUUCAAAUUUCCCUCAGCUGAAUUUCAUUCAGUCUCCAUCAUGAAUGUUUUAUUCAUGACAUCUGAUUGUAUUAUGUGGCGCUACUGGAAUUGAUGCAUUCCAAAAAGUUCCCGGCAAAAGUUCAAAGUCAAAAGUUUUUUUAAUAAAUAAUCGCAAACAUAUUACUAAAUUGCAACAGUAAUAAAAAUACCUAAAAAAAAGAACAUUAUAAAUAA